GAAAAAAAAUAAGUUUGACAGGUGUCACUAUACUAUCGAGAAUUUAUCUUCACGAGUGCAGUAAAUUAGUCAUUUUAGCCAAUUAAAAAAUACAAUAAUGACGGAAAAGUAAAAUGGUUAAAUAGUAGGUUGCAUCACGUGCAAACUGAUAAGCUGUUAUCAGUUUCUUAAGCACAUCAUCUGUAAAGCCAUAAGAUAACGUGUCCCAAACAAUAUGUUCAAAUCAACAAUAAAUGUAGAUUCUUGACGAAUUUUGUUGUUACCUUUUUUGUUUAUCUAAUCAUGUAUCGUUUUUCUUCUUCCUUAAUAAAUCAAUCUUUGCUCAUUUUGUGUACGGCACUACUGUUUUGUAAGCGAUGUUACUGCGAGGAGACCAAAUUUAUGUCGAGGGAGGAACGACUACAACUAAGGGAGGAAGCGAGGGAUAUGUUUUAUCACGCCUAUCGAGCUUAUAUGGAAAAUGCGUAUCCCGCCGAUGAGUUGAUGCCUCUUAGUUGCGCGGGUCGUUACAAGGGACUCACGCCGAGUCGGGGAGAUAUCGAUGACUCCUUGGGAAAUUUUUCCUUGACCUUAAUCGAUAGUUUGGACACGUUGGUGGUGCUAGGCGAUUUGGAGGAGUUUGAACACGCAAUACGGCUCGUGAUAAAAGAUGUCUCCUUUGAUAAUGAUGUUAUUGUGUCAGUUUUCGAGACGAAUAUUCGCGUGCUAGGUGGUUUACUGUCUGCGCACGUUUUGGUGGAAUACUUGCAACAACAUGCUGAUAUUAUGUUGUGGUAUGGAGGAGAGCUUUUAACAAUGGCAAAGGAUUUAGGAUAUAGAUUGUUACCUGCAUUUAAUACCACGACAGGGAUACCUCAUUCUCGGGUUAACUUGAAGUAUGGCUUGAAGAGCGAUCGCUUAGAAACGGCGCGUGAAACGUGUACGGCGUGCGCCGGCUCAAUAAUUCUGGAAAUGGCGGCGCUCUCGCGAUUAACAGGCGAACCAAUAUUUGAGGAGAAGGCCCAUAAGGCCAUGGAUGAACUUUGGAAGAUGAGAAACAGAGGUUCCGAUUUAAUGGGAACAGUAUUGAACGUCCACUCUGGCGAUUGGGUGAGGAAAGACUCGGGUGUCGGGGCAGGCAUUGACUCUUACUACGAAUACUGCCUGAAAGCUUACAUUCUUCUGGGAGACGAUCAGUAUUUAAAUCGUUUUAAUCGCCAUUACAACGCCGUUAUGAAAUACAUAUCGCAAGGGCCGAUGUUGCUGGACGUUCACAUGCACAGGCCGCAUACGAAUUCACGAAAUUACAUGGAUGCCCUACUGGCAUUUUGGCCGGGUCUGCAGGUGUUAAAGGGCGAUUUGAAGCCAGCGGUUGAGACCCACGAAAUGUUGUACCAGGUGAUGCAAAGGCACAAGUUUAUACCAGAAGCGUUCACUACCGAUUUUCAAGUGCAUUGGGGCAAUCAUCCGCUUAGACCCGAAUUUUUAGAAUCGACAUACUUUCUGUAUACAGCUACCAACGAUCCCUAUUAUUUAGAAGUUGGUAAAACUGUCUUGAAGAGUUUGCAAAAGUACACCCGAGUGCCUUGCGGAUACGCUGCCGUUAACGAUGUGCAUACCGGUAAACAAGAAGAUCGUAUGGAUUCGUUCGUACUCGCGGAGACGUUCAAGUAUCUGUAUUUGCUGUUCGCCGAUCCCGAAGAUCUCAUACUAAAUUUGGAGGAAUUUCUGUUUACGACCGAAGGUCACUUGCUGCCACUUACUUUAGCAUCACAUACGAAUUUGUCGCGCACAUUAAUCGAUAACGAAAUCGACGACAGCGAAUUUGCACGAACUUGCCCGAAUAGUAAGAAAUUAUUUCCCGCAUCCGUACGCAAGCCGCUUAAGAAUAUGGUCGAUGGUGUCUGCCCACGAAGAUUAACCAAGCGAAAGUUAACAGCAACCGAGUUCUCCGCAUCAAAUUUGAAUCAUCUAAGGUUGAUUAAAGAUAUGGGGAUCAAUAUUAUUGCUCUGAAUGAUGGCAGAGUGCAGCUUUUGCAUACAUUUUCUUCCGCGAGAUCAACAUCUGACGCCGAAGAGGGCCUAUUGUUCAUGCAAGAAAUGGUGGAACUAUCAAAAUUGCAAGCACAACAAACCGAAUCGUCACCGCAAGCCGUAACGUUCGCAAUAAAAGACGGAACGGGAAACAAAAAAACAAUCACGGUCCAAGCUGGCCCGUCGCAUUUCGGCGUUAGCCUAAAAAACAAUCAGAAAGUGACGUCACAAACGAUCCUCGCCGACCCGUUCAGGGCCUGUACCGAUCUAAAAUUUGCGGACAAAUUGAAGGGGAAAAUCGUAAUUGUCGAAAGGGGCGAUUGUAUGUUCGUGAACAAAGCGAGACAAAUCCAAAACGCGGGAGCCGUCGGCGGUAUAAUUGUCGAUAACACCCCCGAUAGCAGCAACACGAUUACACCUCUAUUUUCAAUGUCGGGCGACGGUACCGACGACAUAAAAAUACCGGUGGUGUUCCUGUUCACGCAAGAUGCCUCAAAGUUACUGCUGGCGCUAUCUACAGAUACCAAACUGGAGGUGACGAUUAGCGAACUCAAAAACGACUCCGAAUUUUGGCCAUCAAACGAAGAAGAGUCCGUGUUCCAAAAGUUGAAGGUGUCAGUGCAAGAAUUCCUAAAUAAACAUACAGGUAUCGUUUUUACCGACACUGUCGUCGUGGGAGAUUUCCGCGCGAAUAUCGGAAUAGAUAAAAUACAGAUCAGUUACAAGCAAAAUAAAGACAGCGAUAUUUACGUACCAGAAGCGACAACAAACCUACAGUGGAGUCAGAUUAGGAAAGGCUUAAUUAAAUCGAUAUUGCAUUCCGAAACCCAAGAACUGUAUGUUCCCAUAAGUAUUUUGCGCAUUUAUUACCAGACAUUGAGCGGUGCUUCGGCGGAAGACUUACGGAAAUUCGACGUUACCAUACAGACAACGUGGUUACUUCAACAGUUAAACAUUGAAAAUCGCAGAAAAAAAGACGACGACUUAGUCGAAGUCGGUGAAACACCAGAGCUCGCCAAAGAAGCGAAAUUGGAGCAACUGAAGGCGAUACUCGAGAGCACACUACAGUAUGAAGUGGAUAACGCGGCGUCUCCCACCGACGACCUAGUGAUACACGGUGAGGACAAGACUAAGCCAGAAGUCAUAAUUACGGCGGAUCGCCUCGACGGUACGGAACAAAAGUCGGACGUUAAAACAAAAAAGAUCGCGGACGAAUUGUGAUUUUAAGUGUUAGGUAAAUUAUAAAUUUAAUACAUCAACAUUUGUGCAAAUUGCUUGAUUUUCGAAAUGUCUUUUAAAUUUCUGACUGUGAGAAAUUGCUAGUCACGUAUUAAGGAUUGUCGUUAAUUUAAUGCAUUUCACUAAGAUUAUUUCGUAAAUUCUGCACUCAUUUUUUUCGUUAUACACACACAGCGUCACUUUUAUAUCAUCUUUUUCAUAUCUGAUGUACAUUUUGUACAAAUUGUAAAUAUUAUUGUUUAUAUGGUUAUACAGUUAUAAAAAAGAUGAAUUUGUAAAAUAUUUUUAUAUUAAUAGCAAAG